ACGUAACCAAACUAAAAGAACUGCUUCAAUUUUAACCCAAGUUAUCCAGCUCUGAACAACUGGCUCAAGGUCUGGAUGAAAAAUUUAGGGGUUACAUCGCUUGAACAGUUUUAGUCGUUGUCCGACCAGUAUAGCAUUGAAAUGCAAAUUAAAGUUACAAAACGUGAUUAGUCAGCAUCAUCUUUGUAUAGCUUUAAUCACAAGACGAACGUGCAAGGGAUUGUUCCUAUCAAAAUCGUAACCAAGAAGAAAUUCUUCAAAAUGUCUAGUUGUCCUAAAGACAAGUAUUACUCGUCGUUCCUGGACACCUGUGUUGAGUGCCCAGAUCUGAUACAAAAAUGCCGCAAUGAAAGUCCUAUUGACGCGCAGUCAUGUAGCAGAUAUUGUGCAGGUAAUGUUGCGCAUACUGUUUAUAUAGUCGCUUUAUUUGAUUUACUUGAUAUUUUAUUCAACUUAUUCGUAUAAUUGACCACCAUAAACUGGAUCAAUAUAUAUUAUUUUACAUGCCAUGACUGCAUAUCUAUAUGCCGUAUUAAUUUCUUUUGAUACACGACAUGCUAUACGUCUGUGCUUACUAUGUCAGUUGGCUGUGCACGGUACAAGUAAUUAAAGCAUGUACUGUAACCUAACUUAUACAGAACAGGCAGAGUUUGAACACUGGUCUAUUUGGUAUUUUUUGUUAAGAUAUUGAUUAGAAUUUUUCGAAAACGGUAUAUUGAAGAAUUUUCGUGUUCGCUAAUGGGAUUCCCCAAAAGCCUAUAUACAGAGGGUUUCCCCCUUCCCACCAGGUUAGUCGCGGUUCAGUGAAUACGCGGAUUUCACAAUUUUCAAUACUUUAUCAAUUUCCCGUUUAUAUUCAUAAUCUUAUAAAAAACCAUCAUAUAGCUGAGUUGUGGUACAUAAGGUUACAAAGAAUUUUUUCAAUGAUGAGCAUCAAGAGAUUAUUUCACCCAUCACAUAUAGACGCGUUGAUCGUCUUCAAAAGUAGGAGAAGGACGCUUAAGGUGGCUCGAUACUAUUUUAAAAUUGGAACAUUUGUGAUUUAGGUCCGUAUUUUUGAACAGGUAUUUACUUGUUUAAUUUCCUUACUUCUUUACAAAAGAUAUCUUGUGCUUAAUGUAAAACAACAUCUAAGGAGUUUGACAUUUUUCACAAAAGUUACGCAACUGCCGUAGCUAUGACUGUAAUGACGUUUUGAUAUGGCUUACAUUUCGGGCUUUAAACAUCAGUUAACUCGUGAACGAUAUAUCAGUGACCCUUAAAUAUUAUUUCAUUAUAAAUUGAUUUCUCUUAGUAUACUCAUUUAUCUUGAUAAUAUUAAAAAUAUUAUGUUUAGCCAAAAUGUUUCAAAUUUCGUCAAUGUAAUUAUUCAUAAUAAUAUUUCUUGGUUCAACAGGCCUUUUAAAAUUAGAAAGAAAAUGCAUAUUCUAAGAAAAAUCACUUAUAUGAUUAAAAUUUCGGGCUUACUGACGUUGUUUCCGAUUUAAAUUAUUUUAGGGCCACCUACCAUCCAUUGGAUUAUGAUCCAACGCCUCCAAAUAAUAAUCCUUUCGAGUGAACACAACGAUUCCCCGGACGUGAAACCCUAUCUCAGGCUGAAUCAAUUUCAGAGUAACUUUGCUCGUUGAAAAGAGAACUCUCCCCUGCGCUCUCGCCGACAUCUCCGAGUUCGAUUGUGUUGCCUCUGGUGCAACACGGUCCCUGUUUUGGUUAGGAAAAAAUAACCCGUUUCCCUUUCGAUAGGCGAUCUACGAAUGGGAAGCUUUGUAACGGAAUUUCUAUAUCUCUUAAGAUCGACUAAUCCAUGUCCAACUGCCGUUUACAUGGAAUUAUUCUUCACUUCAGUAUUCUGAAUAUAUGCAUGCUAGUCAUAGUCCUUUUCAUCUUUCCCUCACGGCAUGUGACCGCUAUUGGGCUCGUGGGGGUCAGUGGGGGAAGGGAGGGAGAAGGGUGUGAGCUUUUAUGAAAAGUUGGGCAGUUUUAGUUUGGAAAAUGUUCUCUGUACGUUCCUCCUACAAAUUUAGGCCCGUACGCACAUGGCACUGAGUAAAGAAAGAGUAACGAUGAGUAGCAUUUCCUCACCUACUAAUUUGCUUUUUUACCUAUAGAUGAUCUGUCCAAUGUUGGUGAAGACGGUCCUUCAACAAUAUUUAUUGGCACUUUGGUCGGGCUACUGGCAUUCGUAGUUGUCAUGGUAGCCAUAGUGGGAGUCAAAUUGUACAAAAGAUAUUUUAAGCCAAGAAGAAAUGAAUUAGGUAGGAAAAUCACAGCAACUGCUCGUGUUAUUCAAAUUUAAACAAAGUUGCAAACUUUUAGAAAUGUAUUGUCUAAAUUUAGACUAUUUUUAAAAUCCACGUUCGUUGGCUUAGAAUGCAUUCGGCAUCCUAAGAAAUUCUUUUCUCUGUGCAAUUAUAUACACGUACGGACGGUGGAAAAAUACAUGGAAAGAAAAAUAGAAUUAAUGAUCAAAGAGGGCGCAAUGGUGCACAUUGUAAGCAAUUAAUUACAGCCAGAUUAAAUAUUAAGUAAUGAAUAUAUGCCAUCAACCACGAAGUUACCUUUUUAUAAGUUACUUAAUUUGCAGUUACGACAACGCCGCAACGUGGAACUCGAUAUUAUCAUCGAACAUCCUAUACUGUAUCGAAAAGCUCGAUUCAAACACAUGAAUUUCUCGUCGAUUUACCGAUCUACUAUUUCAAUCAUUUUUACUCUGUCCUCCCAACUGGGUUGACUCAAACUCCUCGCAAGAUGAUCGAGUAAUUUAGGUCAAAGGAAGCAAAAUUAGUUCGAGAUAGCGAAGAGUUUCACAGUUCAUCAGUUAUUAUUAGAGAAUGCAUGCAUGUAUUUGAUUCUGCAGCGUGAACAAUAUUACGAUUAUAAAAGAAUGCAGUUUAUAUAAGUUACCUAUACAGCACAAUUGUUAAAUAAAUUAUAAUGAUUAUAAUGUGUUUAAUGCAUAAUAUUGGACAUAUAAAAUUUGUAUCAAUGGGUCAAAGGAUCAACCACGUUCUUUAACCGAUUAAGUUGCAUUGCGCCCUAUUGCGCCCUAUUUUAUUUCUCACUUUGUCUAGCGCCAGACGAUUUUAUUCGUCAAAAGGAGAGCGCUGUAUCACGGCAAUUAUAUGAAUUACUCGCUAAAAUCCGAGUCAGUCAGAUUUGUCACUUUUCAAAUCAUACAAGUUAUCCAUGAGAUUUGUAUCCAGGAAAUUGAAUAUAGCUAUGUAUUCAAAAAUACAUUACAAAAGGAAAUAGUUUUCUUAUGGAGAUGAUGUACAGAGAUUUACUGGAACGUUGAGAAAUACAAACUUCAUUCUCCGAAUAAGAAUCACAAAAUUCGAAAACCUGUCGUUAAGUUAUUUACUCGAAGUAUCCGAUUGAAAGCAAUAAUAAUAUGUAAAAUUAUGGAAAAACAUGCAGCUUGAGGGAAAUAAUCCUUUCAAUUCUUAAAAGAAUCGAAGUUGAUGAGUUUAUGAAACAGCUUCAAAUUAUUUCCUUUUCAGUAAGAAAUAAUCGUGGCAGAAGAAUGUGA